CAACCCUUCUGAACGGCAAAUUGACGCAGGGGAAACGCUGGAACAUACCAGCAAUGCGGCAGAGUGAAUUUUUUUCUUGAUGCUGCGCCAGCAUUGAAUGGAGAAAGGUACAGAAACUAGCAACCUACGGACUGCUGCUUCUGUGACAGGGGUUCGUAUUCGUGUCCUGUGCUCCAACGGGUGUUGUGGGUGCUUGGGGGCUGGAUUGUUGGGUGCACUUCACACUGCGACCAUCUCCAAGGGGCCUGUUAUUGCUGCAUUAUUGUCGUAGAU